AAGCUUUAAAUUUCGUGCACCCAUAGUUUCAAGAUCUGACUAUCCGAGAACAUUCUCAGAAAGCAAAACGAAGAUAGUAUAAAAGGAGGGCAGGGGGUAGCGUAGUGGUGCCGCGGCCGGAAUUCCAAUGUCGAACAACAACAACCAGCCGCCGCCGUACCAACCGUACCGACAGAAAAAAGUUCUGACGGGCCACACACUCGCCGUCUCUUGCGUGAAGUUCUCCAACAACGGCCAGCUCUUCGCCUCCGCCUCCUUGGACAAAACCCUAAUCGUCUGGUCCACACAAACCCUAAACCAGCUCUCUCGUCUCGUCGGCCACUCCGAAGGCGUUUCCGACCUAGCAUGGUCAUCUGAUUCCAGUUAUAUUUGCUCCGCCUCCGACGACCGCACACUCCGUAUUUGGGAUGCACGCGCCGCCGAGUGCGUCAAAACUUUACGUGGACACACCGGCUUCGUCUUCUGCGUUAAUUUCAACCCACAGUCGAAUCUCAUAGUUUCGGGUUCGUUUGAUGAGACUAUUCGGGUCUGGGAUGUGAAAACGGGCAAGUCCAAUCACGUGAUUCGGGCUCAUUCGAUGCCGGUUACGUCGGUCCAUUUUAACAGGGAUGGCUCGUUGAUUGUUUCGGGGAGUCAUGAUGGGUCAUGUAAGAUUUGGGAUACGGCUUCUGGGGUGUGCCUUAAGACUCUUAUUGAUGAUAAAGUUCCAGCUGUUUCCUUCACCAAGUUCUCCCCUAACGGCAAGUUUAUUCUUGUUGCCACCCUUGAGGAUAAUCUUAAGCUAUGGAACUAUUCUACUGGGAAAUUCUUAAAGGUUUAUGCAGGCCAUGUGAACAGAGUGUACUGCAUAACUUCAACGUUUUCAGUCACGAAUGGGAAGUAUAUUGUAAGCGGCUCAGAGGACCGAUGUGUCUAUAUAUGGGAUUUGCAAGGGAAAAAUUUGCUGCAGAAACUUGAAGGACAUACUGAUACUGUCAUUUCGGUAACUUGCCAUCCCACAGAAAACAUGAUUGUCUCAGCUGGAUUAGAUAAUGACAGGACACUGAGGGUUUGGGUACAAGACUAAUGAAUGUCCUCGACUGUGUAUAGGUUUUGUCCAAGGACAUUCGCUUGUAUUAGCUACUUUGCAUAACCUGGUUGUUUUAGAGGGACGUAACAGAUGGCAGUGUUACCAUGGCAGUGAGUCUUGUGUGUAUGAAUGGUCCAGUUAUCUCAUACUCUGGAAGUUGAUGCCAGACAAUUUUACUUUAAUCAAAAACUUGCUAUUGUAUUUUCUUCUUUAUAUGUGAGAAAGUAGAUGGUGCCAGUCCUCCAGAAUUUUGAGGGAGAAGCAUUCAUGUCGAGAGGUUAAAAUAUAUGAAUAAACGAAUGAUCUUGUUUCAUUCA